AUGAGCUGCGAGUAUUUCCACCUAUCACUCUCGUUUCCAUCUUGUUCACUCUCUCUCUCUGAUAUAUUUUUGAUUUGUCUCUCUCUCUCUGAUAUAUUUUUGAUUUGUCUCUCUCUCUCUGAUAUAUUUUUGAUUUGUCUCUCUCUCUCUGAUAUAUUUUUGAUUUCUCUCUCUCUCUCUGAUAUAUUUUUGAUUUCUCUCUCUCUCUCUGAUAUAUUUUUGAUUUCUCUCUCUCUUAUAUCUUUUUUAAUUUCUCUCUCUCUCAUCAAUCUCUUUUCAUAUCUCAUCCUCUCCAAUCUCUCCCCAGUUCUCUCUGCAUCUCUCUCUCUCCAGUUCUCUCUCAAUUUCUCUCCAUUUCUCUCCUUCUGCACCUAUUUCCAUUUUCUCUCCCUCUCUGCAUCUCUCUAUUUCUCAGCAUCUCUCUCCAUUUCUCACUCUCUCAUCUUCAUCUCUCUCCAUUUCUCACUCUCUCGUCUUCAACACUCUCCAUAUUUCUCUCUGCAUUUCUAUUCCUCUCUCUCUCUCUCUCUGAACCUCUCACCAUUCCUAUCUCUCUCUCUCUCUCUGAAUCUCUCACCAUUCCUCUUUCUGAAUCUCUCACCAUUCCUCUCUCUGAAUCGCUCACCAUUCCUCUCUCUCCCACUGAAUCUCUCACCAUUUCUAUCUGUUUCUUGCCUGUUUGUAUGUAUGUCUCUUUCAUGCCUUUGUCUCUCUUUACGUUUCUUCUAUUUGUCUCUCUUUCUCUCCUCAGUUCAAAUCCGUUUUAUCAGAGAAUAUUUUGAAAAGAACUUUUAA